AUGGGCAAGAGUCUCUUCGACAAGAUCCAGGCCAAGCUGGAGCUUCUCCGCCUUGAGAAGCGCUACACCCGCAGCCGUCAUCGACGCUCGGCCUUCGUCUCCAACGCCGUCUACGUCGACGGCGAGUACAUCUACCAGAACAGCACUGGCUCCUCCACUUCGUCCGAUGCCACCGACCGCUCCAACGCACUACACGGCGACAAGGCUGGGCCCGGCUUCACCGUGACUGCCGUGCCUCCCGUUGCCGAGACUCCCAGCUCGGCUGCUGCCAUGCCAUCAUCCACACAGCCCACAGCAACGGCUGAGCGCAAGAGACUGAACCGUUACAGCUCCAUGCCCGGCUUCGGCGGCACCUUUGAGAAGCAAACAACCAAGGCAGAGCGAAGAUUAAGCAUGAUCCGGUAG